GACGAGGAGAACUCUGAGAAGAGGAGAUACCUGCGACAGGUGCAGGACGAACUCAAGGAGAGGCAAAUGGAGAGCGCUCUGCUGAAGAAAAUGUUCUUGCCACCCACCUCCAGCAGCAAACUGUGUUCCAGACCUUCCCAUCUCCAUUUCUUGUCUAAGAGCAGAACAAACACUUGUGACCAUUGUGCCUAAAACAUCAACAACAAAAAACACGGAUUAGCUUUGUUGUCAUACUAUACAUGAUUGCACAGUAAAGUUUAUUUGCAGCCCAGUUCAUGCCACACAGAAAUUGUAUAAAUGAGACUAUAUAAAAUAUACAGUAAAAUAUAAAUAAACAAAUGUAGAAUAAAAACACUUCAGUAAUAGUAGCUUUGAAGAAAAAAAUAUAUAGCAAUGUGUGUAUAUGCACACUGUACAAUAUGACUGAAUAACUGUAGUGCAAAGAAGUGAGGUAGUAGUGGAGAUGGUGUCAGGUUUUCUUUGAAUCUUCUACUGUACUGUUAUGACCACAUUAAAGAGGUCAUACAGUUAUUAUGAGGACAUUUAAUAUAAUUGUUAAAUAGACUUCCUUGCACUUAUUUUAAGGUUAAAUUCCAGAACAUUUUCAGAUACAGAAAACUUUAUUAAUCCCCCAAGGGGCAAUUCAUUUUACAGUCCAUCCCAUCCAUGUGUUCAUCACUGUGUACUGAACUUUUUGUUUGUUUGUUCUACAGUGAUGCAUCCUUUUCUGGUGACAAUGAAUGUUUCUUUUACUGUAGAGUAGAACUUGAUCUGAUAAUCAGACUGAACUGCCCUUUAAUUUCUGCUGAAAAGAAAUCACAUAUGUGGAUUCCAAUUCAGAUGUUUGAAACAGGUGAAAACAUGCAAAGGAGGAGAAAAUAAACCGAGAAAAGCAACUUGAACAAGAGGAGAGAAUGGCUAAAGAGCUGGCCCGCAUCAACUAUGAGACACAAAGAGAAGAGAAAAUGAGGCAGUGUAUUAAAGAGAACAGCAUUGAGCUUCGAGAGCUGGAGUCAAAGCUGAAGUGUGCAUAUGUGAAUAAGGAAAGAGCUGCACAAAUUGCUGAGCAGGAAGCUAUGAGGUUUGACACAAUGCGUGAGGAGGCGGACUUAGCUCGCAAGAUGAAGAGCGAACAUGAGCGAGCAGCCAUUGAGAAGCAGAAGCUGGAGCAGAAACGCCACGAGGAGCUGGCGCAGUAUCAGAGACAGCUGGAGCAGCAACUCCUGGAGAGGGAGCGCAAGAGACAAGAGGCAUACGAGGAGUUCCUCAAAGAGAAGCUCAUGGUUGAUGAGAUUGUCAGGAAGAUUUACGAGGAGGAUCAGAUGGAGAGACAGCUGAAACUGGAGAAGGUCAGAGCCACUCAGCAGCACAUUGAAGAAUUCAAGAAACAGCAGGCCGAGUGGAGACGCAUGGAGCAAGAAAAGACGGAGGCCGAGAACAAACGCAUCAUGGAGUUUGCCAGCCAUCAGGAGCACCUGGAGGAGAACAGAAUGGCUAAGAUCAAAGAGAGAGAAGAAGCAAAGGAGCAUCUUCAUAAAAUACUGUCUGAGAAGAUCGAAGAGGAGAGGCAGCAGCGUGAAGAGAUGGAGCGAGUCCGUGAGGAACUUUAUUUAGAAGAACAAGAAGAGGCUAACAGGCAAAGAGACCUUGAAGAGAUGGAGAAGAAAAUCAGACAGAGGCUGAUGAUGCAGCAGACCUGCCAGCAGCAGAUGGCUUUCAAAGAGAUGCGGAGGCAGGCAGAGAAAGAGGAGGAGGAGGCCUUCAGGAAAAUGAUGAUGGCUAAGUUUGCCGAGGACGAUCGGUUGGAGCAGAUGAACGCUCAGAAACGACGCAUGAAGCAACUUGAGCACAAGCGCGAGGUGGAGAAACUGAUCGAGGACAGAAGACGGCAGCAUGAGGCUGACAUGGAACUGGAGGCUAAAGAGCGAGCGAUUGAGCAGGAGAGGGAGGCGCUGCGUCGGCAGAUAAUUGAAGAGGAGAGGCAGCGACUUCUUAAACGCCAUGCAACAAAACUCCUUGGAUACCUACCAAAGGGCUUGCUCCGUGAAGACGACCUGGAGCACUUUGAUGAAGACUUCAGAAAAAACUUUAAAACACGUCAGGCAGAUAUCUUUUCUGACGACGGCUGGGAAGGCGAUGAUUAAAUCUUUGAAUCUGAACUUGCACGCUAUGUCACCUGAUGGCAGUUUAAGGUUACAGUGAGCUAAUUCGCAAUUCUUAGUGACCACAACGUUCUUCAUUUCUCAGUAUUCAUGAUAGCACUUGUUUAGCAUUCAGAAACAACAAAAUCAUUUUAGGACAUGUUUUUAUUCAUUAGGAUUUUGUUGACAGGAUUUUAAUUAAAAUCAUUCCAGAAAAUAUGCGAGGUUGUCUGGUGGCUAAAUGUGAUCAUAAUUGGGAGACAAAUCUCUAAAUUCCCUCUGAAUUCAAAGUCUUCUAUAUAUGUGAACCUCUCCGUGUUUAGGACUUCCCCCAGUCUAGAGCUUUCAUGAACUCGUCUUCUGUGAACGACAGCAGCUUGGCAGCUUCAAAAUGCAUCUGCACAAAACAAAGAAAAACUUGAUGAAACAGUGAUGGUGGGUAUUAACAGGGUAUAUGACCGGGUAGAGACACUUACCUUUUGUCUUUUGAGGAUGUCAAUCAGCUUGAGCUGUUUCUUGAAACCCACGAUGAGUUCUGCUUUCUGUUUUUUUAGCAUUUUGUUUUCAGCAAGUAGAUUUUCUUUACUCUGAUGUUCCUCGCUUAUCUUGUCCUAAAUUAAAAAUCAUUUUAAAAACUGAAGUUAGUAGAAGUGGAGCAGAUCCUAACAUUUGUGCAACCUGAGGUCUCAUUUUCAAACGGUUAAAACUGAAAUUCAGUUGAAGCUGCUGCUUUAAUGUAAAUCUAAAAGAGCUAAAUGAACUUUCCUCUUUCCAUUUUCAAAUAUCAUAUUCUAUGUUGUCCAUAGAUAAUUUCAAGUCUACUGUGCAGCUUAACAUUCAGCUGCUAAUAUACAUGAGAGCCUCCUGAUCUCCCUGCAUGCUACGGUUUUGUUGUAUAGGUCAGGUUAUCACUCCCCGUUUUUAACGUCACUUUGUGGAGGAUCUUUUAUCUAAAAUGAUGCAUUAUCAUUUUCCUUUUGAUCUUAAAGCUACAACACUAAGACACUCGUAAUUACAUGACCUUAAAAAUAGCCAUAUUGAAUGAUCCCUGUAACACAACAUUUUGCUGAUAUGCCCUCUUCAAGUGGAAUAGAUUGUUUAUAUUCAAAUAAAGAUUCAAUUCUU